CUGGACUUUAAUCGGUUCGUGAGAGAUCAUAGACAUGAGAAUUUUGUUUCUCACGCUACUUGCGGGUCUGCUGGCCUUGGCCGUGUGCGAGAAGCAGAAGGAGAAGGCGAGUAAGGAGAUCGCGUCGCGCGAAAAUGACGGAGGCGAGGAGAAGAAGCAGGACAAGCGCGGUUUAAUCGAGAGCGAUUUCGGACACGAUGACGGCGGUUACGGCGGUGGCGGUUACGGCGGUGGCGAUUACGGCGGCGGCGAUUACGGCGGCGGCGGUGGCGGCGAUUACGGCGGAGGUCACGAUUUCGGCGGACAUAUCGGCGGCGGGGACAUCGGCGGCGGGCACAUCGGCGGCGGAGACAUCGGCGGCGGACACAUCGGCGGCGGGGACAUCGGCGGCGGAUACGGCGGAGGGCACGACGACGGCGGCAAGAUUAAACAAAUCACGAUCGUGAAGACGGAGAAGGUGCCCGUUCCGGUGGAGAAGAAGGUUCACUAUCCGGUGGAGAAAGAAAUACCGUAUCCGGUUAAAGUGCCGGUACCGCAGCCCUAUCCGGUCGAGAAGAAAAUUCCGAUACCGGUGAAGGUUUUGGUGAAGGUGCCCGUACACAUACCCCAGCCGUAUCCGGUCGAGAAGAAAGUGCCCUAUCCCGUUCACGUGCCGGUAGAAAGGCCGGUGCCCUACAAGGUAUACAUCCCGCAGCCGUAUCCGGUGGAGAAGAAGAUACCGUAUCCGGUGAAGGUACCGGUGCCGCAGCCCUUCCCGGUGGAGAAACCGGUGCCGUACACAGUGAAGGUUCCCGUGCACGUACCGCAGCCCUUCCCGGUGGAGAAACCGGUACCGUACCCGGUGAAUGUGCCCGUCGAACGACCGUAUCCCGUACACAUAGUCAAACCUUACCCGGUCCCGGUGGAGAAGCCGGUGCCGUAUCCGGUGGAGAAGAAGGUACCCUACCCGGUCAAAGUUCACGUCGAACGACCCGUAGCAGUACCCGUGGAUAAGCCGGUGCCCGUGCACGUUAAGAUACCGGUACCGGCGCCGUAUCCGGUGGAGAAGCCGGUGGCCGUCCCGGUCGAGAAGCUGCCCUACGCCGUAAAAGUGCCUGUCGUGCGACCCGUGCCGGUUCAUGUGACGAAGCCGGUGCCUGUGACGGUACCCAAGGCGGUGCCGUAUCCCGUAAAAGUGCCGGUAGCGGUACCAGUGCACGAGCACGACCACGGUGGUAUUUCGGCGGGUGAUUACGAGUCCAGCUUCGGGGGAUAUUCGGGAUAUUCGGGACAUUCGGGAUACUAAUAUCAAAAAAAGAAAAGAAAAAAAAAAAAAAAAAAACGUGACAGUGGGGAUUUGCUCAAAAGACGGGGAAAAAAGGGAGGAGGAAAAAAAGAAACACAUUGAGAUAAUAAAGUCGCUAAUAAUCGCUGGAGAGUAAAAAAGAGUUGCCAAGAAAGAAUUUCUUAACACGACUCGACGCGUUUUAAUCAAUGUUGCAUAUGUAUAAAAAUAUUAAAAUUCAUGUAUCCGUGGAACAAAUUAGUAUUAGUACAGUAAUUUGUAUAAAUAGCUAAUUGUAAGACUCACAGGCCUCAUGGGCUCAUGUGCAAAUCCUCCGCUGCAUCGCACGCGCGGAUGCUAUCGGCGCUCAUUACGGAUUAUGCGAUAAUAUCUUUUUUUUCUACCCUUGUAAUGGUCGCAUCGCGUCGAAAGAGAAACCGUGGAGCAAUGUGAUUCGUAACGCGGUUAGCGGCUGACUUUUUAUUCGGGAGCGUUAACGAAGCGUUUCCUUGGCGGACAAGGCUCGCGAGUUCCAAUUUAUCACUCGCAGAGCGUGUGUCUGCGAAGAAAACGCGGACGUAUUUAUUUUCCUAAACUUAACAUCGACUUCGCUGCGAAGCCCAGCGAGGAAGAUGAGUCUGCAAAACUGCCGCUUUGCGUUACGAAAGGUGAUUCUGGGUGUUGCGAGUUCGCGCUAACGAUUUCCUAGAUGUAGUAUCGACUCUUAAGUACCUAUAAACACAUAUUAUACUAUGUGUUUUUUGCAACGUUCGAAAUAUAUAACGGACGUUUCUGUACAAUGUCUUUCGCUUCUUUCUAAUAAAACCAAAGAG